AUGCCUAGAUCCCGUAUAAAUGGAAAUUUCAUUGAUAAGACCUUCUCAAUUGUAGCCAAUAUUUUAUUGCGAAUAAUUCCGACAACCUCCGGGGAAAAAAGGGCAUUUACUUAUUAUAGAGAUGGGAUGUUGGCUCAAUCCGAAGGAAAUUAUGCGGAAGCUUUGCAAAAUUAUUAUGAAGCUACGCGACUAGAAAGUGAUCCCUAUGAUCGAAGUUAUAUACUCUAUAACAUAGGCCUUAUACACACAAGCAAUGGAGAGCAUACAAAGGCUUUGGAAUAUUAUUUCCGGGCACUAGAACGAAACCCCUUCUUACCACAAGCUUUUAAUAAUAUGGCCGUGAUCUGUCAUUACGGAGAACAGGCCAUUCUACAGGGUGAUUCAGAAAUUGCAGAAGCUUGGUUUGAUCAAGCUGCUGAGUAUUGGAAACAAGCUAUAGGCCUUACUCCGGGAAAUUAUAUUGAAGCACAGAACUGGUUGAAGAUUACGAAGCGCUUUGAAUUUGAAUAA